AUGUCUGUGUUUAAUGAAGAAAAAUUUAAAGAAGGACUCGUUUCCGAACUGGCUUUGUUCGAUCUUCCCAGCACACAGACAAGUGUGACCAACAUCUACGAUGAGGAAAUUCGGCCAAUGUCGCAGACUUCUAGCGACGGUCCUUUUGAGUUCAGAAUUAGUGGUCAGAAUUCCAUGGAUUAUUUGGAUUUGAAAAAUUCGCGGCUGUUCGUGAAGGCGAAAAUCACCAAAGCGGAUGGUACCGCCAUCGGGGAUAAGUCGGCCAAUAAGGUCGGCCCCACAAAUCUGUUUCUACAAGCGUUGUUUUCCACUGUGGAAGUCACCCUUCAAAACAAAGCCACCAUCACGUGUAACUACAAUCCGUACAGAGCCUACAUUCCUACAAUCCUGAAAUAUGGACCAGACGCUAACAAUCAGCUGACUACACAGCUGUUCCAGAUGGAUGAUGCCGAUGCUCCAGACGUCACCGAUCCUAACGGUACUAACGAUGGACUCUAUGCGAGGAAUAAACUGGUGGCUGAUAGCAAGUGCGUCGAUAUGCAGGGCCCCAUUUUCCACGAUUUGUUCGAUAUGGACCGGUAUUUGCUGAAUGAAGUGGACGUAAAAGUCAAGCUGUACAGGAGUUCCAUCGAUUUCUGUUUAAUGGCUGGAGAUGCCGUGCCUUAUCGUUUGGUCAUUGAGGACAUUUACAUUCUUACACGAAAAAUUCGUGUGAACCCGGCUGUUAUAUAUGGUCAUUCCAAGAUUUUGGAAAAACAGAAUGCUCUGUACCCGUACAAUAAAACGGAGGUCAAGUCUGUCAGUAUUGCAACGGGCUCCACCACUUUCAGUUGGGAUAACAUGUAUCAGGGCAGACGUCCCAACAAAUUGAUUUUGGGUUUUGUCAAGAGUAAAGCUGUGAGUGGAGAUAUUAAAACCAACCCCUUCAACUUUGAGAAUUGCAGCAUUCAGCAAAUCGCGGUGUAUUGUGACGGUCUCGCUGUUGGAAGCAACCCGCUUAAGUUGGACUUCUCCUCUACUGGUGGUACCUCGACCAUACGCCCUUACACCGACUUACUGAUGUCUGCAGGAAAAUGGAGACAGGAUGAAGGCAGUCAUUUAGACAGAGCUCACUAUAUCAGCGGUUCUACCUUGUUUGUUUUUGAACUUGAACCAGAUUUUUCACACCACGGCGAGUAUUUGUCUCUGGCUAAAACUGGGAACGUACGAUUAGAUGUCGUGUUCAAGGAUCCCUUGACAGAGCCCAUGAGCUGUAUCGUUUACAGUCAGGGUCCAGGAUAUUUCGAAGUGAACAAGGAGCGUGAUAUUAUACUGUCAUAA